AUAUAAUUCAAAGCAACCCAAACUCCCAAAGUCCUAAAUUUGUAAACUCCCGCAAACUAAUAAAUAAAAUCCACUUACGUAUUCUCUCUCAUUAAUUCUCUCCCACUUUCCAUCCUUUUCUGGGAAAAAUCAAUCCUUUUCGCCGAUGAGGCCGCAGCAAAGGCCGAUUCACGCCGUCACUUCAUGGGUACGGCGACAGCCGUCCAAGGUCAAGGCUUUUUUGGGCGUGGUGUUGGGGAUGGCCGCUCUCGUUUUCCUCAGAUUUAUUGUACAUGAUCAUGACAGUCUCUUUAUCGCUGCUGAGGCUGUUCACUCAAUCGGUAUCAUUGUACUUAUAUACAAGCUUACGAAGGAGAGGACUUGCGCUGGACUAUCACUCAAGUCCCAGGAAUUGACAGCUAUGUUUUUAGCUGUCCGGCUGUAUUGCAGCUUUGUGAUGGAGUAUGAUAUACAUACCUUACUUGAUUUGGCCACGUUGGCUACGACUUUGUGGGUCAUUUAUAUGAUCCGUUUCAAAUUGAAGUCUAGUUAUAUGGAGGACAAAGACAACUUUGCUAUAUAUUAUGUGGUGCUACCCUGUGCUAUUCUAGCACUUCUUAUUCAUCCAUCAACAUCUCAUAAUUUAUUGAAUAGGAUUUCAUGGGCAUUCUGUGUGUACCUGGAAGCUGUCUCAGUAUUACCUCAGUUGCGGGUCAUGCAGAACACAAAGAUAGUUGAACCAUUCACAGCACAUUAUGUAUUUGCGUUGGGUGUUGCGAGGUUCUUGAGUUGUGCCCAUUGGGUUCUCCAGGUUUUAGAUACUCGUGGACGCUUGCUGGUAGCCUUGGGGUAUGGAUUAUGGCCUUCUAUGGUUCUUAUCUCAGAAAUUGUCCAGACUUUCAUCUUAGCAGACUUUUGUUACUAUUAUGUCAAGAGUGUGUUUGGAGGACAGCUUGUUCUCCGCCUUCCCUCAGGAGUGGUGUGAUUUAAGUUUGUCAUCUGUUGUGGUGCUUUGAGCAACAUAACCAUCCAAAAUUAAUGUUUCCAGGCAAUUUUUCCCCCAUACAUUGUUCUCCCCUGCUGUUAUGACUGGAAGUAGAGUAGGUCAUUUGUAAAUUUGGGGAUGCAGAAAAUCUGAUGGAUAUUUAUAUUUGAGACAGUUUUUUAUAGUUGGAUUAACUUAUUUUGUCAGUGCUGAUCAUUUACUGAAGUGUAUAGACCAGUCCCUUGCCUUUU